AUGAAUUUUACGAAAGGGUUGAUUUUUGCGAAUAAAGAGGCAAUGAAACGUGCACUAAUAAUUUACGCCACAAAGCAUAACAGAAACAUUGUGACUAGUAGGUCGACUAGAAGUAGAUUGUCUGUGAAAUGCGUCAAUGAGUCAUGCAUGUGGUACGUUGGGGCAGUCGAGAAGCCUGAACAUGGACUAUGGAUGGUCACAUCUUAUAGGGGUCCUCACAAUUGUAUACCCCUUGCCAUGACCCUUGAUGGUAGAAUGACGGAUUGUAAUUUUCUUGCAGCAGAAUUUGUUCCAUUGUUGCAAGAAAAACACACGGCAACAAUUUAUCAUCUCAGAGAUUUCAUUAAAGGGAAGUAUUAUGGGCAUAAGCUUUCUUACUAUAAGAUAUGGGAUGCGAAACAACGAGCUAUUGCAAGGAUAUUCGGGGAUUGGGAAGAGUCUUACCAAAAGUUGAGAAAGUUAUUAUUGGCAUACUUGGAUCAAGAAACUGGCACCCAGUAUUGGUGGCACACCAUACCCAGGGACGAGUUCGGUGAUACAAUAUUACGCUAUGUAUUUUGGGCUUUUGCUCCAUGCAUUGAAGGAUUCAGAUAUUGUAAGCCAGUGAUCAGUAUUGAUGGGACUCAUUUGUAUGGUAAAUAUCGAGGGGUGUUGUUGAUUGCAAUGGCCACCGAUGCCAACAACAAGGGUAUUCAAAACACAAUUGCAAACUGGCCUAGAGAUGAUGAUGGACGACUACAAGUAGUUCACAGAUAUUGCCUUCGACAUGUUGCUAGCAACUUUAACACGUAUUUUCAAGAUGCCACUUUAAAGUCAUUGGCCUUGAAAGCGGGGUAUGCUACUCAGGAAACUAAGUUUGAGUUGUGCAUGCAACCUAUCAAGGAAGCCGAGAUUGAGUCCCUUAGGAAAUGGAGAACCGAGUGGCAGGAAAGUGAACCCGACUCAUCCAUCAUGCCAUACACAUAUCUAAUGAAAGAGGAUCUAGACAUGUGGACCCAGCUACAUGAUGGUGGAUACCGUUAUGGGGCUAUGACAACCAAUGUCUCGGAAUGCUUCAAUGGAGUACUGAAAGGUGCCCGUGGCCUACCCAUUGCUGCAAUGGUUGAAUUCACUAAUUGCAAACUUGUUGCAUAUUUCCAUGAUGGACACAAAGAAAUUACUCAUGAUUUCUCACAAGGCAAGGUAUGGAGUAAAUAUGCCUUAAAAAUCUAUGGACAAAACCUACAAAAAUCUCUUGGCCACCAUAUAAAUGUGUUUAAUUAUGUGAAUGGUAUAUAUCAAGUAAUUACUGCAUACAACAUCCAUAGCUCUAAAGGGGGACACCAUAGUCAUGAAGUAAACCUAAUGGACAAAACAUGUCAUUGUCGAAAGUGGCAAAAUCGAAAGAUCCCUUGUUCACAUGCAAUUAAAGCUCUUCAGCACUUGGGGCAAGAUGCGACUACAUAUAUUGACCCAUGUUAUAGUUUGAACAAUGCCAUUCGCACCUACUCAUUUGCAUUUGUGGUGCCAAAGUCAGAGUCAUUGUGGAGGGAUGUGGACGGUCCAAAGUGGGUGCCUGACCCAAACCUAUUGCGGGGCAAAGGUCGACGUGUGGCGUCUAGGAUACGGAAUGAGAUGGAUGGGGUCCGGUGA